AGAGACUUUUCCUUCACCACAGAUGUUUCAGUAUGAUCAGCGGAGUGCUGCAACUUUCCUGAGGAGGAUUUACUUUUACACCCGUGUCUACAGGCGUCCAUGUUUACUCCCGGAGUGUAAACCGAGGGGAUAGCAGUCUUGUAGAAGGAUUCUGACUCCUCUCUCACAGAAGAAAGAAAAAGAAGAAGAAGAAGAAGAAGAAGAAGAAGAAGAAGAAGAAAAAAUGCCUGUAGCUAUUCUCAUGCCUUUCACGGCACCCCCGAGUAGGAAGUCCGUUAGCGCGACCUCGUUCAGGCUAACGGAGAAAUUCAUUCUGCUCUUAGUUUUCAGCGCGUUCAUCACCUUCUGCUUCGGAGCUAUCUUCUUCCUCCCGGAUUCAUCCAAGCUGUUUUUCUUCCGCUCGGACCCGGCGGUGGAGGGCGACACCCGGACAGGUACGGACGGAGACUUCGGCGGCACGGGCAAGGACGAGAAAAUCUUAGCCAAGAUCAGAAGAGACCACGAACAGGCUCUGCUCGAAGCCAAGGACACGCUCCAGAAGCGGCCGGAUGAAAUCAAGCAGGACAUCCGAAGCGAAAAGGACCAAGUAGCGAAGAACAGAGGAGGCGAGAAGAACGACGGCUCUCUGCCUGUUAUCGAGUACGCGCAGCCACCUGGGGCAACGGGGCACGAGCCCUCCGACCCGGAAACGAGGGAGAAACGAGCCAAAAUUAAAGAGAUGAUGCAGUUUGCUUGGGAUAAUUACAAGCGCUACGCCUGGGGCUCCAACGAGCUGCGUCCCGUCUCCAAGCAAGGCCACUCCAGUAAUCUGUUUGGAAGUCUGAGAGGUGCGACCAUUGUGGAUGCUCUGGAUACGCUGUAUAUCAUGGGGAUGUAUGACGAGUUCGAGGCUGCCACCGAGUGGGUGGAGAAAAAUCUCGACUUUAACAUGAACACAGAAAUCUCCGUCUUUGAAGUGAACAUCCGUUUCGUCGGAGGACUUCUCUCGGCCUAUUAUCUCUCAGGAAAAGAGGUGUUCAGGAGAAAAGCCAUUGAGCUUGGAGAGAAAUUACUGCCUGCCUUCAAGACACCCACAGGAAUCCCUUGGGCUCUUCUCAACCUAAAAAGUGGCAUAGGCAGGAACUGGCCGUGGGCGUCAGGAGGCAGCAGCAUUUUAGCCGAGUACGGCACGCUGCAUUUGGAGUUUGUCCAUCUGAGCCAGCUGUCUGGGAAACCUGCGUUUGCAGAGAAGGUCAUGAACAUCCGGAAGGUUCUGAAUCGUCUGGAAAAGCCGCAAGGACUUUAUCCUAAUUACCUGAACCCCAACAGUGGACAGUGGGGACAACAUCAUGUGUCUGUGGGUGGCCUGGGUGAUAGUUUCUACGAGUACCUGCUCAAAGCCUGGAUCAUGUCCGACAAGCUAGAUGAAGAAGCCAAGAACCUUUACUACGCUGCUCUGAAGGCCAUCGAGACGGGUUUGAUUCGGAGGUCGAGCGGCGGUCUCACCUACAUUGCAGAAUGGAAAGGAGGCCUUCUCGAGCAUAAAAUGGGUCACCUAACCUGCUUCGCUGGGGGGAUGAUCGCUCUCGGGGCUGACGGCGCUCCUGAGGACCAGACGGGCCACCAGAUGGAGCUGGCAGCCGAGAUCGCCCGCACGUGCCAUGAGUCAUACGCCAGAACUAACCUGAAGCUGGGGCCUGAGGCGUUUAGGUUCGACGGCGGUGUGGAAGCCAUCGCUACAAGACAGAAUGAGAAAUACUUCAUCCUGAGGCCAGAGGUCAUAGAAACCUACAUGUACAUGUGGAGGCUGACUCACGACCCCAAAUACAGGCAGUGGGGCUGGGAGGCGGUCAAGGCUCUGGAGCAGCACUGUAAGGUGGAUGGAGGCUACAGUGGCGUGAGAGAUGUUUACAGCAACACUCCCAACCACGACGACGUCCAGCAGAGCUUCUACAUGGCUGAGACGCUGAAGUAUCUGUACCUGCUUUUCUCCGACGACGACCACCUGCCGUUAGAGCACUGGGUCUUUAACACCGAGGCUCACCCGCUGCCCAUCAUAAAGCGACAGAGAGAGAGCUCAGACAGGAAUGACCAGCUGUAGCGGCGCUCACGUCUCCCCACCGGACCCUGCAGAGACAUCUGCAGCUGUGAGCAGUGCUCGGACCUCUAGCCUGAUUUCUCCAUGAAAAGCGGGCGGCGCAGUUGACCUUUGACCUUGUCGAAGACGCCCAUUCCUCCUCUUUCCCUCCUUCCCGCCCUCCUUUCUGCCUCUAACAUGUCCUGCAGGUCUCCCAGGGGCUGAGACUCUUCUCCACCAUCGUUUAGAGAUAGCAGUGUGCAUGCUGCCCUUCUCCUUCUCCUGAACCCAUACUACCAGAUCCCCCACCUGUCUUUCUCUCUACCCUCGGUUUCUCUCCUCCUUCUGAGCCGCGGAGGUCCUAACGAGCUUCUCUCCUCCGUGAGGAGACCGGACCAUCACCAUUCGAAUGUCGAUUACGUAUUUUUCAUCCUGUCACACAAAAACGAAGCCAUAUUUCAGCUGUGAGUUCGUUCGAUUCCGAUCUUUCAUUAAGAGUUUUUAGAAAAUGUGUGGGGUUUGGUUUUUUCUUCUUUUUUUUUUGUUGUAUUGUUUUCCGUCAAUCACAACUGCAAGGUAGUGAUAUGGAGUUAACUAGUGCCUUUUUAGCUUAAUGACCAACUGUUCUGCUAUCGGAAGUGAUUUCACAAACUGAUGAUGCUUUACUUCAUGGAGUGUACGGACUUAUGUUUAUUUUUCCUCUCUCGGUUGUCUGUGCUCACGUUUCCCCGGACAUUGUACGAGGAACAACAGAUGAGGACGUCUAUAACUCGGAUGACUCGACGUGUUCGGGUACAAAUCUCACGACAUCAUCAUCAUCAUCAUCCCAUCUGAUUCCAUCACUGCAUACGUCAGUGCUUCCUUUCCUCCCUCUAGUCGCGUCGUGUUUUAAAGCCGUCAAUACCUGUUUACUCGACCCAGCGAUGCUGAGAAAGCGGACGUGUAAAAAUAAGAUAUAGUUUGUGUUAAUUUAUGACUUAAGAAGUGUUUUAGCCUAUAGGGCUCACGGAUGAAGGAACUGUCUACUCUGACGACGAUGACGAAGACGGAAUCAUCAUCAUCAUCCAGCGCUAACGAGUCAGAUGGACAGCAGCAACAACAAUCAACAAGAUGGAAUUAUCUCUGAAUGUACCACCAAAUGUGAAGUGAACAUUAUUCUUAUUAUUUUUUUGCCUAUCCUGUGUUAUUUCUGAUUUCUUUUAUCUUGAAAGCACAAAAAUUGUGGAAGUUUUUUUUUUUUUUUUUUUUUGUGGAAUUAGGUGUGGAAUACAGAAAGCACACGUAAGGAAGUAGCAAAAAGAUUCAAAGCAAGGAGACACACACAUAUACACACACACACAAGGGUAGAUUACACUGGAUGAAACACACAUUCUCAUUCACACACACAGUAACAUUAAUACUGAGAACUGCCACAGCUGGCAAAACUUGUAGCAAGCAGUUUGUGUGUUUGUGCUUUUUCAUCAUCAGGUCCUGUUGGAAACUGUGCUGUACAAUUGUGCGAUUUUUAUUUUUUACACAAUCCUCUCUGCAACUUUGCUGUGAGCUCACCGCACCUAAUAUCCCACCUGUAAUCAUCUUAAGAUACGUUCGCUUCUGUAGUUUUGCCCUGGAGCUACAAGCUUAAUGUAGCUACUAAUUAAAAGAAAUCUGUCUCAUCAGAAUCAUUUCCAUAAACACACGCAAUGUUUUUAAACAAGCUCAUCAUUACUAAUACACUCUGAGGGGUGAUGCAAAGCGGAGUUACCCCUUACCACCCCGAGUGGGUUCGUUUACAAUAACGGCUCGUCCUCACUUGUUUGAUAUCUCUUAUAGGACAGCAAUAUGCAAACGAUUACAGAUUUUAAAAAUAAAAGGACGUCAGGACUCUUUAGCUACGUUAAUGUUACAGCAGCUAUAAACAGUUAGAGUUACACGGCAACGACACUGGAGACUCCUUCCAGAAAUAGUUAACAGGGAGCUUCCUCCAUAGAUUGAGUGUUACAAUUACGCACGUUUCUAAAAGCUUCGAGAUGAAAACAUGACGACUACACUCGGAGUUUCUCUAAUAGAAAAUGAAUCAAAAUCUUUCGACCAAUCGGAGUUGAGAAUUCAACAACUCUGGAAUUUUUAAUGAGCAGUUACUGUGGGUCUAAAUAAGGAACUGUGUUACCAUAGUCUUCAACAAACCAGAGUUUAUCCUGAAUAGAUAGAUAGAUAGAUAGAUAGAUAGAUAGAUAGAUAGAUAGAUAGAUAGAUAGAUAAACAUGGAUAUUGGGGUUUAAAAGUAAAAUACGCACAAGCUUAUAUAUGAGAGAGAGAGAGAGAGAGAGAAGCAAUACACAAGCGUAUGAAGAAAGAGAAAACACAAGUGCUUCUGGUUUCCCAAAAUGGCCGCCUCAAUAACUCCAGUGUUUCAGCAGCUUCCUUUAUGCUUCACUAUGUUUCAGGCACGAAAAUAUAUUUAGGUGAGUCGGAUUUUCAUUACUUGAUAGCUACCCAAGCAUCACGGCUCCAGCACAAAAUGCUAAGAAGCUAAAUUCAGACACAUUUUGACUGUGGGGAAAAUUGUGUGUGUAGGUAUUUUCUUUAAAAUAAUAAUAAUCACUCUGGCUUGUUUAUUAGCGUGCGUGCUAACAUCAGCGCUAACAAGCGGCAACGAAACAUUUCCAUCUUUUCUGUCCAAGCAAAGCUCUUCGCCUGACACCGCGGCACUGUUUCCACCAUUUUGUAUUUGAAUCGAUUUAAGCUAAUAUUUUUGAAUAGAUUAUUACAAAACAAAAGAACGUUCAGGUAACACUGGGUUUUUUUUUUUUUAUUUUAUUACUCUUUGGCUACAUUAGCAUCACAGCUCCAGCACAAAACGAUAAGAAGCGUACAUCUCGACUGUGGAGAAAAUUGCCUAUGUUUAUAUUUUGUUUUAAACAAUGUGAAUCACUCUAAAUGAUUAUAGUAGGUGAAGGAGAGCGUCCUUUCCACCGUUAGCACGGUAAAGCAGUGAGUAAUUCCCGAAAUCUCGUAUAAACGCUUCGCCUUGUUUUAAUCAGUACUUUUGUUCAGCUGGAAAAGUAACGCAAGAGAUCCAAAGAGAGACAGACACGGGUCUGUAACACUAAGACCAAAGGGAGAUCGCGAUCACCUGCUACCACAGUAAACCAUCAACCCGACUCCAAGUGGCUUGCUUAUUAGCACGUUAAAUCACAUCGCCGCUGAAUUCAGUGCUAACAUCAGGAAAAAAAAACAAUAUAAGCACUUCUAUAUUUUCCAUCACAGCCCAAGCAAAGCCCUUUCUUUAACACUGCGACAUUUUCUAACAUUUUAUCCAAUUACAUAUAUGUUUUGAACAUUUGAGGCCAUUGUAGCUGAACACCGUUUCCAGAAAGUUCUUUGAAACAAGUGUUACUUUUCAGUAUAAUGUUUAUUUUUUCUUUCUGAAACUUCAUUGCUCGUUAAUAUACUGUAUUUUUGUGUAAAUAAUAAAUGUAAAGUAUAAAAUAAAAAUGUUAAACUUAUAUACAUAGGUAAUGUAAGUACGUAGAUUAUAUAAAAUAAAACAUUAUUAGUUACAUGAGAUUUCUAAGGUGUGAUUUUUUUAGGUUUUUAAGCGUAUCCAGCAAAAAUAAUUUUGCACUGAAAUUUAACGCUGUUAUUUGAUGGAAAUCGAGAACGAAAAAUCGAUCAGAAAGGCCUCAGAUUUUCAAAACGGAAGAUAAAAUAUUUGGCAAAUUCGCCGUUUUUGUCAUACUAAAUUAUUGCUACACACAUACACAGCUUGCUAGCGUAACCUGACUAGCGUGAGGAGAGAAAAAACACGCAAGCUACGAUCUAAUGAGUCCUCACAUCUCCUUUCAGAUAAAAGACAGCGUUGUGAUUAGGGUGUUGUGUUGACUAUUUUGACAUUGCCUUUUAUUUUAUUGUUUGUGAAUCGAAUUUUCUGUGACACAGCCUCAGAAUUGUAAGUGUACAAAUAUCGCUGAUAAUUAUUCCAUUGCACAUAGGUGUUUUUUUGUUUGUUUUUCUUCUCUUUUCUUCUUCUUUUUUUAAUCAUAUGCAGAUGAAGUUGUUUGUGUUUUGGGGAAGGGGAUGGAUUGGCUCUGUUUUUCGUGUUUCCAUGUCCAUUUUUCAUCAUCAUAAUUAUUAUAAUGUACAUAUUCCAUUCCGGCAAACUGCCACUAAACGUUUCUAUAUAUAUAUAUAUAAAAAUAUGAUGAUCUUAUGGAAUAAAUUAUAUUAAUGAACAGCAGAAAUCUUUUUGAUAAACUAUAUUUGUUACACUUCUAUUGUGAAUAAAAUAAUCU